AUGUCGGCUGCCGUGGCGUGCCUGGACUACUUCGCUGCCGAGUGCCUGGUGUCCAUGUCCACGGGCGCCGUGGUCCACCGCCGCCCGCCCGGCCCCGAGGGCGCGGGCGCAGACGCCGGCGUGGAGGUGGGUGCGGCGCCACUGGAGUUCGCUCUGCAGGGUCCCGGGCCAGAGGGGCCCGGGGAUGGCCCCCUGCUCCCCCAGGGCCCCGCCCCCGGCCCCGAAGCGGGCGGCGCCGCGCCCCACCUGCUGGCGGCAAGCGUGUUGGCUGACUUGAGCGGCAGCUCUGGCGAGGGCUUCGAGGAAAACUUCGGGGAAGCUCCGCACGCCUCGUCCGGCCCCGCCGACCCGACCCGGCGCUCCAGCCCGACCCCGGGCUCUGAGCUGGCUCCAGCCUCCAACGCAGCUGCGGUCUUCGGACCCGCGAGCACCUCCGGAGCGCCUGCCGCCCAGGGCGUGCCUGCAGCCUCUGGGGGUGUGUCUGGCGGGGCCCCAGGGGCCGGCCCCGCCCCUGCUGCGGGUCAAGUGCCUCGGCGGAGGCCAAUUGCACCUGCGAUCAAGCGGCACCUAUGCCCCUACCCGGGUUGCACCAAAGCCUAUUACAAGUCAUCGCACCUCAAGUCCCACCUGCGUACCCACACGGGUGAGCGCCCUUUCUCCUGCGACUGGCUCGACUGCGACAAGAAGUUUACGCGUUCCGACGAGCUGGCGCGCCACUACAGGACGCACACCGGCGAGAAGCGCUUCUCCUGCCCCCUCUGCCCCAAGCAGUUCUCCCGGAGCGACCACCUGACCAAGCACGCCCGCCGCCACCCAAGCUAUCAUCCCGACAUGAUCGAGUACCGGGGGCGUCGGCGCACUCCCCGUGUCGACCCGCAACCCAACAUUGUGGCGGAAAGCUCCGGCUCCGGCCCCAGCCUCGCUACCUGCCUGUAAGACAGUCACUGCUGUCAGUCGUCCCCUCAAGGAUGAUCCCCCAGCUGUUGUCCCUGCCUUCUCUCUGCCCAUCCCUCUUUCCCAGAGUCAUUAGACCAAGGCACAGACUGGUUUCUCCGCUCUGAGGGUGGGUCCAGAAAGACAUGUUGGACUCUGGGAAGGGACUGGGGGCCAGAAAAUAGCAGACAUUCUUGCAACACGUAUAUCAUCCUAAAAGGGGGGUUGUCUCAAAACAGCCCCAGGAACUGGUGAAAAGGGAUGAACUCCGGUACUCUCCAGAGUACUGAAGAUUCUUCCCUCCGUGGAACCAGGGAUGUGAAACUGGAAUUCUCAGAUGCCUGAGGAGCUCCCAGUCUCAGAGGACUCUGCUGUCUCACCUACCCACCAGGGCGGACAUUGGAGAG